AUGUAUUUCCUCGCGGACGAAGCUACGGUGCAAGCCGCGACAGCUACAGCUGCGUCGCUUCUUCCCGCGUCCGCGUCCGCGUCUGCGUCUACCUCUACCUCUACCUCCGUGUCCGCAUCCAUGUCCUCCAACGCGAGCUCGUCUACGUUUGGCGUGCGCAGCUUGCAGGCCUCCGUUUCCGACUCGGAGCUCAGGGGUGGCAAUAGUAGACGGAACAGUCCCGCACCAGUAGUAGCACCGGUGGCGGCGGCGACAACAACAACAACAGAGGAGGUGGAAGUUGAAGAAGAACUGGAGGAUCAAGACGAGGACGGGGUUUUGGACAGACUCGACACCCAUAGCAUGGCUUCGUUGAGUACUGCGAACCAGGACUUCAUGUCGAGCGUGCCCUCGCCAAAGACAAACAUGAGCGUGCCGUUGACGCCGAUGCUGGGUCCAAGCAUCUCGCCCAGCCCUAUCGUCGGAAGCCCGGUCGCGUCGCGGAGCCGAAGCACUAGUGAUGGCGGUGACGGCUUUUUUGGCGGCGGAGGGCCGCAGCUUAUCAUGCCGCAGAUCGUCAUUCCAAGUCGGCGGCCCUUUACGGAGAAGGGAAAGCGGAUAGGGAAGCUUAAGAUUUUGAUUGCUGGAGAUUCUGGUAUCGGAAAGACGUCGCUGAUCAAGAGCAUCGUUCAGACUUGCGAAGAUAUCGUGCAUGUGGAUCCCGUAACGACGCACAAUAUCUCUACGCGGCACAGCAGCAGAAGGAGUGGAGGAGCAGAGGAGUGCACAAAGAAGAUCACAGAGGUUUAUGCUUCUACGCGGCCAUACCCUCAGUGGUGGAGCGAGAUCGACGAUAACAAAGUCCUCCGCCGAAGAAAGUCCCGUGGCAUAGAAGAACAAGUGAUCGAACGAAAUUUGUGCUUUGUGGAUACGCCUGGCUACGGUUCUGGAACAUCGUUUCUCGAAUGCAUCGAGCCCGUUGUACGCUAUGUGGAGGCACAGUUCGACCGGACGCAGUCAAUCAUCACCAAUGGGGAAGCUGAGCUGAUGUCGUUGCUCUCCGGAGGAGGCGCUCCUCAUGUUGAUGUUGUGUUUUAUGUGAUACUGCAUAGACUUAAACCCGUUGACGUGGAAUUCAUGCGCCGGCUCUCGCCAUUCACCAAUAUCAUCCCCGUCAUUGCCAAAGCCGACACUUUGACGCUUCAGCAAGUGACUAGUUUGAAGCUAUCCAUACUUGGCGAUCUUCGAUCGAACGGUGUUCACCCAUUCUUGUUUGGGGCGUCAUCAUCCGAUAUCCUGCGAAGCGCUGCCUUCAACUCGGAGGGUGAAAUGCCGACGGUCACCGCACCGUUUGCGAUCUCUUCGAUAGUGUCGUCGGAUUCCGAAAACAUGGAUGCCAGCGUUUUGAUGUCACCAGAGUACAUACCGCCGCUGAUAGACACCGAGCUCAAGCUACUGGUAGACUUGGUGUUCGACCCGGAAAAUGUUGCGUGGCUCAAGCACUCAACAGCCAAGAAAUGGAUGCAAUGGCGAAUGAACAAGAGCGCCGCUCAACUGAUCACCACCCGCCAAAUUGGCUCACCAGGACGACCCUCGACACCGCCCCGUAGCUACUCAGCCCAGGGAACGCUGGUCCAGUUCAACCGUGACCGAGCUUCCAGCGGCGCGGCAGAUAGUUUCACCCUCGCCCGAGUCGCCGACCACACGCAACGCGAAGAGCGCCUCGCCCAAGUGCGGCUCUCACGGUGGGCCAACGACCUGCAGAAAAGUCUCGCCGCCGAGCGCGAGCGAUACGAGCGGCUCGCUCGUGGCGACCGCGCAGUCUGGCUCACUGAGCGUCUCGGCGAAUGCAUUUCGGACGGCCAACUAGUUCCCAUCACCGUCGGCGGUGGCAGCAGCGGCAACGGCGGCAAGGCGGCGGGCUUCCGCCGCAGCGACGGCCGCAGGAAUAUGAACGGCGGAGUCGACACCCGCGAUCCGUUCGGUAUUCUGCAGAUCAAUGAAACCGUCGGGCAUAAGGUGCUGGUCAUGAUCAAGAUUGCGGGGCUGGGAGGCCUCGUCGGCGUGGUCGGCGUGUGGAUGUACAAACAGUGGGGCGCGAGCGGGUUCGGGGAGUUGUUGCAGGAGGUGGGGAGGAGUUGA